ACCAGCCAGGCCUCUCCUCUAAAUGUUUGAUAGAUACAAAUAUUGGUCCAAGAGUAGGGUGCUACUAUAAUAAGAGCAACACAUUUCAAAUUAUGUGACAUUAACAUCCAAUCUCGUACCAUGAAUUGGUUAUUGGACACUUGGAAAGAUGGCAACCCAUGCUAUACAGUGGAAAAAAAUUAUAAAAGUAUAGUCUUGAAUAUACUUUUAUAAGGGUAAAGGGCAUAUUAUGUACCUAAUUAGCUUGUAUUUUAUGCAAAGAGUUAGAAGAUUAAUGUUAUUAGAAUGAGUUCAUUACCACUGGCUGCAUUUGCCAAAGUACUACAAGAAAUAAAGGAGCUCAGAAAAUAUUUUGGCUGGUUUGUGAGCAGGAGUAUAAAGAAAUGUAGAGACAGCCAAAAAACUCAGGUACUUGCAAGGUUGGAAGGUGCAACUGAUUCAUAACUUCAAUUAGUAAAGAAGCAACUGAAAAGGCAUUUGAUCAACUAAGUCUGCUUUAAAGUCUGCCUAGUGGGCAAGGGCCAAGUCCAGGGUGUGGCUGCCACACCCUUGUUAGGAUCUCCAAAUGGAACAAGAUGGUGUCCAGCAAAUACUGUCUCUUGCAAAUAUACCACAGGGAAGGUAAACUUCCAGUUUGGUCUUUCCUAAGGAAGACGGACAGGCUCAAAAUGUUUGCAAUUAAUCUUAGAGAGAGAGAAAUGUCUCUAAACAAUUGUGGCAUGUAGCACUACCUAGAAUCAAGUACAUAACUUGAGAUAGAUUUUGAGAGAGUGGUAUGAUCAGAGGAAUCAUGGACAUGGUCUAAAAGAGAAUGUGAUGGUUUGAGACUAAGAAUAAUCACUGGGCCCCAGCCUUCUCCAGCAGGAUUUCAGAAUCGCUACGGAUUAACUCUUUUAUACAUCAUUCUUCUUUACAAAUCAGGAUAUUUAUUAUAGUUAUGCUUUCCCUGUUCCACCAUUAUAUAUAUUGUAUAUAGGAGCUGGAGCCAGAAAACUUAUCUUCUUAGUUCAGAGAUCUCUAGGUCAACAGGGGCUAUAUCUGGAUCUGUAGAGACUGCUAUGAAUCAUGCAUGCCACCUGGAAUCUAAGUUAAAAAUAUUGAUGAGAUGGAACUUUUGGGUUGUCUCCCUUAAAAAGUGGGUGAAUGUGCUCUGUGUGUGGGGAAAGAAGGAACUGGCCCAAAGGCUAAAUUGUGGUGGACUGCGUUACUGUUUGUCUCUUAUGUAAUCCUCUCCCCUUGAGCGUAGGCUGGACCUAGUGACUUGUUUUUUCACUAAUAGAAUAGAGCAAAAAUGAUGGGCUAUCACUUCUGUAAUUCGGUUCCAGAGAGACCACAGCUUUUCUCUUGUGUGCCCUCUCCUGCUUUUCCACUCGCUCCCUCUGAUGGGAGCCAGGUGCCCUUGAACCGCCCUGUGGAGAAGCCCAUGUGGCACGGACAGCAAGGGAAGCCUCCAGCCAGCCAACAGCCAGUGAGACCCAAGGCCUCCCGUCCAACAGCCUGUGAGCAACUGAAUCCUGCCCAGAGUCAGAAGAAUGAGCUCCAAGUCCUUCAAAUGACAGCACUUUAUGAGAGACCUUGAAGCAGAGAAGAAAGGUCUUGUGAGGACACAGUGAGAAGGUGGCCAUUUACAAGUCAGGAAGAGAGGUCUCACCGGAAACCAGCCACGACAACACCUUGAUCUUGGACUUCUGGCUUUCAGAACUGAGGAAAAUAACAUUUUUUUGUGGUUCAAGCCCCCAGUUUCUAGGACUGGAAGAAAAUAAUUUGCUGAAAUGUCAGCUGGGAAUUCUUCCAGAAAAACCCUGGAAAUGGAGAGCUUCCACACAAGAUUCAGUGCCUGGACGCCAUUUAGCAACAAGUCUUUAAACAGACAGCUCUUUCAGGAAAGAGUUGCUCUUAUAAGUCAUUGGUUUGACCUCUGGACGAACAAGCAACGUCAAGAAUUCUUAUCCACGAUAUUUUUACAAUGCACUAAAUCACAAUUAAGGUUUUUCUACGACCAGUUUUCAGAAAGGAUGCAAGUGGCCAAAGUGGAUUUCUCUACAGUGUUACCACGCUUCAUUUCUCUCUAUAUCUUUUCCUUUCUGAAUCCGAAAGAUCUGUGUGCUGCUGCGCAAGUCAGCUGGCCCUGGAAGUUUUUAACGGAACAGGAUUGCUUAUGGAUGCCCAAGUGCAUCAGGUUUGGGUGGUUCCUGCCCUAUACGCCAACGGAUCAUGAAUACGGUGCUUGGAAGCACCAUUACAUUGCUUGUGUGUCCAACUUAGACUGGCUGACGCCUAGGGAAGCUGCCGCUGUUUAUGGGACCCUGAAUGAACCCAAAACAGAAGAUGAGGAGCUACAGGAGAUACAAAGAGAAAAGCGCCUAAGGAAAAUAAUGUGGGAGAAAAUUGUACUGCGUAAGAAGGAGUUAUUCCGGGACCGGCCCCCUUGGGUGAGCGGAACAGGCUGCUCUAGAUUGUUGCAAUCCCAAUGCCAGCCACGUCUCUCCCAGACUGUGAGGGAUCGAGUGGGAUUACACGAAGCUUUGGAGAAACGGCUUGUUUUGGCAUCCUUGGCAGCUUUGCCCAAGCGAAGAAAUGUUUCUGGAAGAUAUUCCUACCCUCUACUAUCAAAGAAAAAUUGGUGUGGAGUUUUUAAAAAUGAUGACAGCCCUUCAUGUGCUGCCCCACCACACUUCAUAUUGAUAUCAUCUCGGAUUCCUGCAUAUGAGAUGGUGGUGGACAGUGUCAGGACGGGUGUCACCUCUGUGGUGUACGAACAUAGCGGCAUGACCCUGGAGAGCCUGCUGUACCUCAUAGACAAAGCUCUGGAUGGGCAGAAGGCACAGAGUGUGGGAAUAUUUAGCGAUGGAGACAGCAGAGAAAUCAAUUUACUGCAAGGCUAUAAAAUUGGUAUUAAAAAUUUAUUGAAGCCAGAGGUGAGAGACUUCUGGGAGAAAUUAGGCAGCUGCGUGGCUCCUGAAAAAGAAGGGGGUCACGUGGACCUCUUUGUGCCACUUGGAGCAUCAGAGGCAGGUGUAGAAGUUCUUUCUCAGCUGUCUCAACUAACUGGCACGUUAUUUACCGCCCCCACCGGGAUCGCAACUGGCUCUUACCAGCACAUUCUUAGCAACUGGCUGGGACCCCCACAGGGAAGGGCUCCCCCCUCCAUCUACUUCAGCGAAUCGAAGCUGCAGACAUGGUCCAGCCUCACAGACUUCCUGGAAGACACCUUGAAAUCAGUAAGGAAACAGUUAAGUCCUCUCUUCAAGGAGUUGCAGAAGAACAUCAGUGGCAGGAUGAUCGGACAGUUCAUGUUUGACACCAUGGGCGUGGCCAACACUCUGCACAACCAAGAGACCGCACGAGCUCUGGCAGAUGGACUGACGGAGCUUUCAAGAGAAAAUUCUGACAAACCUCUGGAAUUUUUGUCACAUUUUCUGUUGAAGAAAUGUAGUGAAAAGAGCAAAGAUCUUGAAGGAAAUGCUAUUCUGACAAAACCGGACCCAAAGGGGAUGUUCCAUUCAUUCGUGAAGGAAAGAAACACUACGGAAGACAAUCCUCAGGACACGAAAUCAAGUCUCAGCCAAAGCGAUCCAGAUUUGGGGGUGCUGGUUCAGCUGGAGAGAAAGCUGCAGAUGGACUCAGCUGUGAAGCGAACUCGAGUGGCCGGGGAGCUCUUACAGAGCGAGAGAAGAUACGUGCAGAUGCUGGAAAUAGUGAGAGAUGUUUACAUGAGACCGCUGAGGGCAGCGCUGUCAUCAAACCGAGCGAUUCUGAGUGCUGCAAACAUCCAGAUCAUUUUCUCUGAUAUUCUGCAGAUUUUAAGUCUCAACGGGCAGUUUCUAGAUAACCUGAGAGACAGACUCCAGGACUGGGGCCCAGCUCGCUGUGUGGGAGAAAUAUUCCUAAAGUUUGGAAGGCAGUUGAACACCUAUACCAAUUUCUUCAACAAUUACCCUGUUGUGCUGAAAACUAUUGAGAAGUGCAGGGAAGUGAGACCAGCAUUCCGAGCUUUCCUGAAGAGGCAUGACAAGACUGUCGCUACCAACAUGCUGAGCCUGCCGGAGCUGCUCUUGUACCCAUCCCAAAGAUUCGAGGAAUAUAUUCAUCUUCUCCACGCUUUGAGGCUUCACACCCCUGCAGAGCACGUGGACCGCGGGGACUUGACCACUGCAAUUGACCAAAUCAAAACAUAUAAAGGUUACAUAGAUCAGAUGAGGCAAAACAUCAACACGGAAGAUCAGCUAUCAGACAUACAGAGAAGCAUCUGGGGAUGCCCUCCUCUUUCAGAAGCACACAGAUAUCUGAUUAGGGUCCAAGAUGUAGCCCAACUUCACAGCUGCGACGAGGAAACAGGUUUCUCUUCAAGGUUCUAUGAACACACCCGAGACCUUGGCCUUUUCCUCCUCAACGAUGCACUGCUUGUCUGUCGUCGGGGCACAGCUCACACUCCGUUCGAAAGGACUUCAAAAUCCACCUACCAGUUCAUUGCAUCCGUGGCCCUGCACAGGCUACUUGUGGAAGACAUUCCAGAUUCCAAAUAUAUCAAGAAUGCAUUCAUUCUUCAAGGGCCAAGACACGAAUGGAUCUGCGCCACAGAAGCAGAGGAUGACAAGUUCCUGUGGUUGUCCGUACUCCAAAAUGCAAUCAAAAGUACAAUGUAGAAGUGAGGCUGGACUUUUUAAAAAAAAAUUCAAGGCUGCUAGUUCUCCCUGGCAAAGAGAGACAACAUGCAUUUUCUGUUCCACGUUAAGUUUUGUGAGAGGAUGACCUAGGAUAGCCCAUAAGGUUCUGCUUAACUUAUGAACUUCACCAUCUAUGUUCAAUCAUCUGAAAUGUAGAAUAAGGACAAGUCCGCGGUUCUGAACCACUUCUUUUGCUAGUUGUUUUUCACAGACAGUAUUAGUUACUUGAUUUACAAAACCUAAGACAGAAUAAGCAUACUAUGUAUUCAAAAUUUUGUUUUAUGAUCUAAUAAAAAAUAAAAU